ACUCUCCUCUGAGAAGCCAACCAGUGAAAGUACGAGGAGAAGCUUGAAGAAGAGCCGACAAUGGCGGUGGCGGAGCCGAAAACAAAGUACGAUCGUCAACUCAGGAUUUGGGGAGAAAUAGGGCAAGCGGCUCUGGAAGAGGCGAGCAUCUGUUUGCUAAAUUGCGGUCCCACUGGCACCGAGGCGUUGAAGAACCUCGUCCUGGGAGGAGUCGGUAGUAUCACUGUUGUCGACGGAUCCAAAGUCGAAAUCGGAGACCUCGGAAACAAUUUCAUGGUGGACGAGGCGAGUGUUGGACAGUCAAAAGCCAAGUGUGCAUGUGCAUUUCUUCAAGAGCUGAAUGAUGCUGUCAAGGCUAAGUUCAUUGAGGAGCAUCCGGAGACACUGAUACGAACAAACCCAUCUUUCUUCUCUCAGUUCACCCUCGUAGUGGCUACUCAGCUGUUGGAAGAUUCGGUGGUCAAACUUGACAGAAUCUGUCGAGAAGCAAAUGUCAUGUUGGUUUUUGCUCGAUCCUAUGGCCUUACUGGUCUUGUUCGUAUUAGUGUAAAGGAGCACACUGUAGUUGAGUCAAAGCCUGAUCAUUUUCUUGAUGACCUCCGUUUGAAUAAUCCAUGGCCUGAACUUAAGAGGUUUGUUGAGACGAGUGAUCUAAAUGUACCAGAUCCUAUCGUCCAUAAGCACAUACCCUAUGUUGUCAUUCUUGUCAAAUUAGCUGACGAAUGGGCACAAACCCAUGGUGGUAACCUUCCCUCGACAAGGGAAGAGAAAAAGGAGUUUAAGGAUUUGAUUAAGUCCAAGAUGAUAUCAAUGGACGAAGAUAAUUUCAAAGAAGCCAUUGAAGCUGCCUUCAAAGUGUUUGCUCCCCGAGGAAUUAGCUCAGAGAUUCAACAAAUCAUUGAUGAUAGUUGUGCUGAAGUCAAUUCUAGUUCCUCAGAUUUUUGGGUGAUGGUAGCAGGUCUGAAGGAGUUCAUUUCAAACGAAGGUUGUGGGGAAGUCCCACUUGAAGGCUCCAUACCGGAUAUGACAUCUUCAACAGAGCACUAUAUCAGUUUGCAGAAAAUCUACCAAACCAAAGCUGAGGCUGAUUGUCUUGUCAUGGAGCAAAGGGUUCGAAACAUUCUAAAGAAAAUCGGUCGAGAUCCAAGUAGCAUCUCAAAACCAACUAUCAAGAGCUUCUGCAAGAAUGCUAGAAAACUCAAAGUAUGUAGGUAUCGCAUGAUAGAGGACGAGUUCAGUAAUCCUUCAGUAACCGAGGUGCAAAAGUAUUUGACUGACGAAGAUUACAGCGGGGCAAUGGGAUUUUAUAUUCUUCUUAGAGCAGUUGACAGAUUCGCUGCCAACUACAAUAGGUUUCCUGGGCAAUUUGAUGGGGGAAUGGACGAGGACAUAUCUCGGUUGAAAACUACUGCCGUGAGUCUUGUAAGCGACAUGGGUUGUAACGGCUCUAUACUUCCGGAAGACCUUAUAAACGAGAUGUGCCGAUUUGGUGCCGCAGAGCUUCAUGCUGUAGCUGCCUUCAUUGGAGGCAUUGCUUCUCAAGAAGUCAUCAAGCUAGUGACGAAGCAGUUUGUGCCAAUGUCGGGGACUUAUAUCUUCAACGGGAUCGAUCACAAGUCUCAGUUGUUUACGUUAUAGGCCCCAUUUUCUCCAUAAUAGGCUACCCAAAAAAAAAUCAAAGGAGAGGAGAAUAUGUAUAUUUAUUUGCCAGUUUGAUUCUAUGGCUUCUGCCUUAACUGGGAAAAAUAUGAAAUAUGAUGCGCAGUGUCGAAAUGGCAUUUUUUUGUCA